GCGCUGCCUCCUCUCGCUCAUUUACUUUUCUCGCAUCGAGAGCUCUCCCCGGAACGGCGGUGAGAAGGGACGGGCGGAGGAAAGAUGCCGCACCGCGCGCGGCCGAUGACGGGGCUGCUGGUGUUCAUGGGCGUCAACCUCGUCCUCCUCAGCACCAUCACCCCCGUCUACGACUUCGUCUGCUUCCACCCCUACUGGGACCGCAGGAGAGAACGCCGUCAAAGGGAACGUGAAGCACUGCAAGGCAAUGGUUCUCUAGAAACUGCAAAAUAAACUCUACUAGGUAUCUGCUUACAUUAUUUAUUAGCUUAUCACAUCCUGGAUUGUUCAUUUACGUGUGAUGGAGAAAGUUUGAAGUUGCGACCAGGUUUUUCAGUGUCGAUGCAUCAUUAGAUCUUGUUUCGUGAUGCUCCUGCAAUGUGUGAGUUCUCUGUAAUGACAAACUGAGGAACACCAGACGCAGUGAAAUAAUUUCUUUAAACUACACUGUUAUGUUAUCAA